UUUGCAGAAACUGCAGUGCGAGCUAAUAGUGUUUACAUCGGUGUGCGCUCAACGUACAUUUCAAAUAUUUCGUUUGACAGCUGUCUUGUGAUCCAACUGACGUUGUUCUCUGUUGUUUCGCGGAACCAAUUUCGUGGAAGAAAAGUCACAACACUUGCCCCAAAGGGUCACAAUCGGUUCGUUUGUUUGCUGGAAGAACGAACCCCAAAAACCCGUGCCGAGUACGCUCAUCUAAUCACAUUUUUGAAACCACAUAUCAAUCAAGAAAGGGGGUGCAGCAUAGAACAUGCCACGAGUACAUAUCAUUCUGCUGCUGUUUGCGAUAGCAUUCCUGAAUUCCAACGCUCAGCAUGGAAACUUAAAGAAUGUGCAAAGCCACACUCCAUCGCCCCUUUCUACGAGCGGCCUUCAGCAAUUGGCAGCUGAACAGCUGUUGGUGGUUUUACCACAGGCCUUGGAAAAUCUGCUCGUUGAGCGAGUGGUCGGAACAGCGGGCCAUGAAAAUGUGAAAAAUUACAUCGUGGAACAGAUGAAGCGGCUCGGCUACACGGUAGAUCUGGACGAGUUUGAGCAAACCGUCCCGAUUCUGGGCAAGGUACGGUUUGGCAACAUAAUCGCCUCGCUCAACCCGAACGCGGAACGCAAUCUGGUGCUGGCUUGCCAUUACGACAGUAAACACUUCCCCGGACAAAAGUUCAUCGGUGCUACGGAUUCGGCCGUGCCGUGUGCAAUGCUAAUUACAAUGGCGGCCGCACUGGAACCGUAUCUGCAGUCCGCGAAAGCCAGAACGGACCUUAACUUACAAUUUAUUUUCUUCGAUGGUGAAGAAGCAAUACAAAACUGGUCCGAGAAGGAUUCGCUUUACGGCGCGCGGCACCUUGCCGAGCAAAUGGAGCGGAACAACACGCUGAAAAAGAUGGACAUGCUCGUACUGCUCGAUCUGCUGGGGACACCGGAGCCCAAUUUUUAUAGCUAUUUCCCCGAAACGGAAAACUGGUACGUGCAUCUACUUCAUGUCGAGCGCCGGUUGGACGAGCUGGGUCAUCUGGAAAACUACAGCACGAGCAGUGUUUCAACGACCCAAAAAUCCAUCGCUUACUUCAAACCGCAUUCCAUUUCGGCGCAGAUCGAAGACGAUCACAUUCCAUUCCUUAGGCGUGGAGUGCCCGUGCUGCACGUCAUCCCGCACCCCUUCCCGGACGUGUGGCACAGGCUGGAAGAUAAUGGUGACAUCGUGGACGUACCGACGGUGCGCAAUUUGAUCAGAAUAUUUUCCGUGUUCGUGAUAGAGUAUCUGCAUGUGUCGUUAUGACAGGCAAAGGAUGAAUUUUGAUAACGAUUUCCACACCCCGCAAUUUGUACUUACUUACAAUCAAUGCUAGAUGCAUAUUUUACCCCUGAGCUUGAGUUACGAGACCAAAUCUCGUUACGCUUGCGCAACUUUAAUCAACUAACAAACAGCAAUUUAACUUUUUCGGUGAACUUUUCUCGCAGCGAAACAUAUCGUUAAAAGGGUAAUUUUAUUG